CAGUUAAAGCUCCAUUAAAAGCCCCUGAACCUGUGAAAGCCCCUGAACCAGUCAAGGCCCCAGUAAAAGCUCCUGAACCCAUAAAAGCUUCAGUAAAACCCCCUGAAACGGUUAAAGCUCCAGUAAAAGCACCAGAACCAGUUAAAGCUCCAGUAAAAGCCCCUGAACCAGUUAAGGCUCCAGUAAAAGCCCCUGAACCAGUUAAAGCUCCAGUAAAAGCCCCUGAACCUGUGAAAGCCCCUGAACCAGCCAAGGCCCCAGUAAAAGCCCCUGAACCAGUUAAAGCUCCAGUAAAAGCCCCUGAACCAGCUAAAGCUUCAGUAAAAGCCCCUGAGCCAGUUAAAGCUCCAGUCAGAGCCCCUGAACCAGCCAAAGCUCCAGUAAAGGUCCCUGAACCCGUGAAAGCUCCAGUAAAAGCCCCUGAACCAGUUAAGGCCCCAAUAAAAGCCCCUGAACCAGUUAGAGCUCCAGUAAAAGCCCCUGAACCAGCUAAAGCUCCAGUAAAAGCCCCUGAACCAGUUAAAGCUCCAGUCAAAGCCCCUGAACCAGUUAAAGCUCCAGUCAAAGCCCCUGAACCAGUUAAAGCUCCAGUUAAAGCCCCUGAACCUGUCAAACCCGCUAUUAAAGUUCCUCCAGUGACAGCUCCCAAGCCAACAGGUCCCAAAACUCCCCCAGUCGCUGCCCCUAAACCAACAGUUCAACUUGGAGCAGCCGGAACAGCUACUACUGCUCCUAAAACUGUCCCCCCUGCAUUAAAACCAACAGCUCCACCUCCCGGGGCUCUUCCAACAAAAGUUGCCCCUCCCACUGCACCCAAACCUGGAGCUAGACCUAUGAAACGGACUAUUUCUGCCCCAGUUGGUAGUGUUCACCCUGUCGCCCCACCCCCAGGGGUUAUAAUACCACCAGCCACAGGCCCCAAACCUGCCCCCAAACCAACUACUGCAUCUACACUUGCGUCAAGGCCUCCUCCAAAAUAAUGAUUUCAGAACUUAAGGUUAUGUAUAAUUAAAUGUUCGUUUUGCAUUUCUGGCGGGUCCUGGUUGUUGGUUCUCCAUUAAAACUAACCAGGACAAUUUGCUAAAUGAAUAAUUUAAUUAUACUGACCCUAUCUUGUGGAAGAUAUUCUGAUUGUAGCCAGCUUUGUAAAUCAGCAUUAGGUUUUAUAUCAUAUGGGACGUUAAACAUACAAUGUAUGUGGAAUAUGAAUUAAUCCUGAGUGUAUGUAGUCACAAUGGAUAUGUUUUUUCUGGAGUACAAAAUAGGAUGGAAAAGAGUGGAAUUAGCAUGAAAUUAUGUAAACAGGCAUGUAGUUAAUACUCUAAAUUGUAUAGAAAUGUAAAAAAUAAGGCAGUCUAUUUGGAAAAAAAAAUUCAUUCAAAUUGUGUCAAAAAUGCUCCGUAUGUUAAAAAAUGCUUGCAUCAAGUCCUUUUGGAGGUGACGUAUGGGGGUCAAAGUUACAAGGGCUUUAAGCAAGACUAACUUAAAGAGAAAACAUGUCCAUCUUGUUUGUAUACACAGGAUUACUUCAGAAAGGUUUUUUAUUAAUUAUUUAAUUAUCAUUUGUACAAUUGUAUUGUAAUAUGUGUGUGUAUCAUGGGGUAUCAUGAAAAUUUCAUCUAUUUAACAAAAUCACAGAUGACAAAUUUUAUCAAAUUGUUGAGAAGGUCAAAAGUAUUUGGUUGAAGGUCAUUUGAAGGUCGUCGUACUAAUCUCUGUUUCUUAAAAUGUGAAGUCAAAAUGUACAAUCUGCAGCACUUAUGUGAUUCAGGUUUUUAUGGAUUAACAAAUUAAUGAUUAAUAUGGAUUAACAGGUGAUUAAUGAUAGCCGGAUUAAUCUUUUAAAGGCAGCUAAAAUGUGUGCAGCUAUACAGUCUAUCACACAGACAUGGGAAAACAUGGAAACCCAUGUAAAUGAAUGGAUCUUAGGUCUGUGCAGAAGACUGAAAUAUUGUGCAUUUCUAAAAGGUUUUGAAUUGCUAAUUUGCCUAUUAAUUAUUAAUCUUGAUCGUCUCGAAUUGACUGUAAAAUAUGUACACCCCCUGGCCCAUCUCAGACACCGUCUAUCUACUUCACCAAAGAUGAUAUUUAACAGACAUGCUGAAUUAGUUAUUUGUUUGUGCUAAUGACGCUGAGCCCGAUGGAAGUACGAGUUGAUAUAAAUCUAACAACCAAUCAGAAGAUGGACCAGUGAUCACCUGACAGCUCUUUUUGAUAACCUUGAACACUUGUUAGAAAACUGUGAACGUAGUCUAGAAAACAUUUGCGUGUAAUAUUUUGACAAAAUGGUUUCAGAAAGAACAUCUUUUUUUGUGAUUUGUCUGUAAUUUUAAUAGAGUAGUUUAGAAAUAAAAACCCUUUUGUGAAUUUGCAUAGAAAACCUCUUACAGGGCUGGUAUAUAUUAAUUGAUCAGUCGUUUAAUUGGCAUAUUUUCUUGAAUUUUAACAUUUAAUGUCCCAAACUCCCACAAACUGCAGAAAAGUAUACCC